AUGAAGAGUCAAACAAUACUCGCGACAGCCUUGGGGGCCGGUGGUGUUCUCUCGCGGGCAGACCAUGGAGCUAUGAAGUUGGAUACAUGGUGCGUUACGUACUUGUCUACCUACCUUGUUCCUGUAGUAAGUCCUGGUCAAUCAACGGGAGCAUCUAGCUCAGUACCUGUGACACAAAUAGAGUCCCAGAGCACCGUGGAGAUUGAACCAACGCAAGCCCAAUCUGGUUCAGAAACAGUGUCGUUUGAUUCAACUACCGGAACUCUGACCGAUCUAAUCACCACAUCAUCCGGGUCCAUCGUGAGCAGCGAUGCCCUCACCACCUCAACAGGCAUAAUCGAACCACCAGGCCGCUCAGUAAUCUUCCUCAUCUCCGCGCCCAACACCCGCAAACGCCAAAACACAGACAAGGGUUUCGUCGGGAAUGACAACCCAUCAAUAUGCACCUUUGCUCAAAGCUUCAACCUAGCAGAAGAGCAGCUCUUCAUAAGUGGCGUACCGUUCUUCUACGAUGGCGAAGACUAUAAAGAGCUUGCUGUCGGCCCUGCGCCUCCGGCAGGUGCUGUUACGAGGCUCUUUGGAACGACUGGACGGGCGCUGCAGGUGGAUCUGCCUGGUAUCACAGCAGGAUUUUGUCAGGCGAGCGAUGGGAGGAUUUACGUUACUUUUACGAGUGGACCGGUUGGGUGUGAGGUUGUGACCUUGGAGGUGUAUGAUGAGAGACAGUGUCAGAAUGGGAGACUCGUUGGUCUCGACACGACUACGAGCGCGACUGAGACCGCGACUUCCGAGGCCAUCAGCCCUGAAAGUGUUACCAGUGUCGAAAGUUCUGCGACAACAGAGACCAUUGCAUUGAGUUCUGAUAGCAUCGCUGCAUCAAGCAGUAUUUCUCAGACCCAAUCUGUCGGGCCAGUUUCACAAACAACUGAGCCCGAAGCAUCUACAGCCGCAUCGGAAGUCUCCACACUUUCUCCAGCCUCAUCUUCUGCUCUCGAGGAAACCACCACUGAAGAGGUAUUCCCAACCAGUGCGCCUUCGCCCAUAAGCACAUCUUCUGAGGUAGAAGACUCAACUUCAAUGGAGCCAUCAUCACAGGCUUCAUCAGAGACAACAGAGGCUGCUGAAAGUAGCUCUGAGGAGAGUACCUCAGCUGCCGCACCUGAAACUACCACUGAAGCUGGACAGCCCUCUACAGAGACCACUACGGAGGUGGAAGAGGUCACCUCUAACGAAACGGUUGUUGAGAGCGAGACCACAACCGCUGAGUCUACAGCUACGGAGGAAGAUACAACGACUGCCGUUCUUACUACUGAAGCUGGGCAGCCCUCUACAGAGACCACUACGGAGGUGGAAGAGAUCACCUCUAACGAAACGGUUGUUGAGAGCGAGACUACGACCGCUGAGCCUGCAACUACGGCAGAAGAUACAACGACUGCCGUUCUUACUACUGAAGAGAGCUCGACUGAAGCUGCAACUGCUGAAGAGACAACCACAGAAGACAUUACAACCAUAGAGUCAACAAUCGACCCAACGACAACAACUUCCGCAGCCCCCCCACCACCUCCCCCCUAG